UUGUUUAAUUUACCUAAACCAAACAACUAUAUAUAAAUCACUUACCACUGUUAUGUAUUCAUCAACAAGAGAAAUACAAGUUUUUCAAGUAUCUCAUACUCUUGUAGCUGCCAGCUAUAUACAUAUGAAAAUGAGAAAUCAGUGUAAUUACUUCAAGGUUUUGAUUCUUUGUAUUUUAGCAGCAUCAACUCAUGCUCAAUUGGAGCUAGGAUUUUAUACUAAAAGUUGUCCAAAAGCUGAACAAAUCGUUGCGAACUUUGUUCAUGAACAUAUCCGCAAUGCUCCAUCACUUGCUGCUGCAUUAAUAAGAAUGCACUUUCAUGAUUGCUUUGUUAGGGGAUGUGAUGCAUCAGUCCUUUUGAACUCAACAAACCAGCAAGCUGAAAAAAAUGCUCCUCCAAAUCUUACAGUUAGAGGCUUUGACUUCAUUGACAGAAUAAAGAGCCUUGUUGAAGCUGAAUGCCCUGGUGUUGUUUCUUGUGCUGAUAUCAUAGCUUUAUCUGCCAGAGACUCUAUUGCAGCUACAGGUGGUCCAUACUGGAAAGUUCCAACAGGUAGAAGGGAUGGAGUCGUAUCAAAUUUGUUGGAAGCAAACCAAAACAUUCCUGCUCCAUUUUCUAACUUCACCACCCUCCAAACUCUCUUUGCCAAUCAAGGACUUGAUAUGAAAGACUUAGUGCUCCUAUCUGGUGCUCACACAAUUGGUAUCUCCCUUUGCACAUCAUUUUCAAACCGUUUAUACAAUUUUACCGGAAAGGGUGAUCAAGAUCCAUCACUUGAUAGUGAAUAUGCAAAAAAUUUAAAGACAUUCAAGUGUAAGAACAUCAAUGACAAUACUACAAUAGUUGAGCUAGACCCCGGAAGUCGAAACACAUUUGAUCUUGGUUACUAUAGUCAAGUUGUCAAGAGAAGAGGUUUGUUUGAAUCUGAUUCUGCCUUGUUGACAAAUUCAGUUACAAAAGCUCUAGUGACUCAAUUCCUUCAAGGCUCACUUGAAAAUUUCUAUGCUGAAUUUGCAAAAUCAAUUGAGAAAAUGGGACAGAUUAAAGUUAAGACAGGGUCACAAGGUGUGAUUAGGAAGCAUUGUGCACUUGUAAAUAACUAAGAAUGUUUUGCUGUUGAUUUGUGUUUUUAGGUUUGGUUUUUUAUUUAUUCCAUGUCAUGUUGUGUCUCAAUAUGUGUGCUGUAAUAAUUUUAAGAACAAGUGGGUUCAAUCAAUUGUAAUUUUUAUUUCCUGGUUUGGUGGUACAUUAUGUUCUUGUUGUAAUAAAGCAGAAUUGAUUGAGAGAAAAUUUCUAGUUUUAAGCCAAAGCAGGUCAAUAAUAUAUGUGUAAAAGGUUGGUUACAUUAUUAGUGUAUUUCUUUUUAUGAACACUUUUAAUUCAAUGAGAAAUUCUCUAAA